AGGUCACGACACGUGUCCCUUUGAUCUUGGCCACGCGUCUGCCGCUAUGAUUGUUACUUCAUUUUUCUCCGGUAAACCAUCCUUAGGUGAAAAAAAUAAGUAAAAAAAUUAUGAAUAAUAAAAUAAAAACACAAAGAAAAUUCAAGAUAAAACGAAUAGAAAGUUAUUGUUAGGGCUUCUUCCUCUUUUCCCCCCUUAGAAAACCGAGAAAUGGAGGGUGGAGAUCACUGGAGAAUGCUAAACUGCUCAUGGGGUGCACACGAUAACACGAUAACCAACCGUGUAAUGCUCAGAUUCCGUCCGAUCGCGCCUAAGCCGAUGACCGGAGAUUCAGAUCCCGGUGGUUCUAAAUUUAGUAGCAAUAACUCGGUCCUUACUAGCAGGAGACCGAAGAGAAAGUACGUUAGGGUUUGUGAGAGAAAUAAUAGGAAGAAACGAACCUUGGAUGAAGCUAAAGAAGAUAAAGAUGAAAACAAGGGUUUUGUUACCCUACAGUUGAUGCCAGAGAAAGCAGACCUAAGGGAAUCACUAUUUGUUGAAAGAUCAUGGGGUGUUAGCAAAGAUGAUCCCGAUCGAGCUUUUGGUCUUGAUAAUUAUCGUUUUAAAGAUCCACCAUCGUUGUGCUUGACGUUGAAGAAAAUGAUUUCCGCAGGUCACGCGGGGUUCUCCUUGUCCGAUCCGGGGCGGACGAGGAGGAGGAUGAAGUUGGUUGAGUCGUCGUUGAUGGUGGAGAGUGUGAUGGAAACUUGCAUUGACGACGGUGGGAUGGAGAAUCUGGAGGAGGACACGUGUCCAGGGUUUAUAUCCGACGGUUUCAACAGGGUUCAGUGGGUUAACCGGGCGUAUGAGAGGAUGUUGACGGUGGGGAAAGGGCCUAAGGAGUGGUUGCCGCCGGUGUCGCCGCCAGAGAUAAAGGUUUGGCUUGUGAUUAAAAAAGAUUUACCUAAUUUUUGCACUGCAUUUUCAUGCAAGGUAAGGUUGCAGUUCACGUGGCUGAACAAGAGUUCCACGAUAAUGCUUCCGUGUGAUGUAUGGAAAAUGGACGGCCCUAGCGGCGGUCACGGUGGUUUUGCAUGGCGGCUCGACAUCGAGGCUGCCCUCAGUCUUGGCCUUUCAAGGUAA